CUAAAUAACCAAUAAAUUCCCUAGAAUCCUCAUGUUUAAGUUUUCCAGCUUCCUAACCUCCUCACUCACCGAAAAUCCUCCCUUUCAAUAAAAAAUAAUGCUUCUCUACAUUUAUUAAACAUUGAUCUCCAUAUUUCCCGAUGAACUAUAACUUUACCCACUAAACGAGUGGAUUAAUAGUCAGUGGCAAUGGUUCUCUUUGUUCAAUUAUUGAGAAGAAUACCGUGCAACGUUGCAAGACGCUUCGCCACAGUGACAGAGACGAAACGAGUGAAUGACGAGCCCAUUCAGACCUUUCGAACAAAUGAGAGUGACCCAUCGAAUCAUGGGAGAGAGCACCUCAACAGAUUCUACACAAUGCCCCCCUCAGUGGUGCAAACAGUAUUCCUGCACGGAGGACUCCCCAAGUCAUUUCAUAAUCAGACUACAACCUUCCUGGAGACGUGUCUGCUCGUAAGGGAACCAGUGCUGGAAGUCAUCUCCUGUUUGAAAUUGACGGAUUACUCGAGACCGGUCAACAGAUACGUUUUAUAUGGAGAGAAUGGGGCUGGCAAAUCACUGUCAUUGGCACAUAUACUACAUUAUGGAUUAUCUUCGAGGAAAAUUCUUGUUCACGUUCCUUGGGUGAGAGAUUGGUACAAAAAACCGAAAGAAGUAGCAGCAUCCACCACCAAAGAGGGUUUCUACGAUCUGCCUAUUGACGCAGCAGCCUGGUUGAUUCGCUUCAAACACCAAAAUCUCAGUCUCCUACAGGAGCUCGAUUUGAGAUUAACAAAAACCUACGAAUGGAGUGUGCGUGAGCACACUCCCAGUGGAACCCCCAUCCUGGAACUAAUAGACCUUGGAAUAGCUCGCAUAAAAUACGCCUGCGACAUAAUCGAAGUUCUCUCCGAUGAAUUGAAAAUUUCAUCGAUCGCUGGAAAAUGUAAAGUUCUCGUCGUGAUUGAUGGAUUCAAUGCACUCCUGGGACGAGACACGGAGAUUCGGGUUGAGAAUCGAAGAUUAGUGUAUCCAGACAAAGUAACUCUGACUAAAACAUUCUUGAAUAUUGCCAAGAGCGAUUGGUGCAAUGGAGCUGUCGUGCUAACUGUCGAUCAAAUCGCUGUUCAGAACGAGGCACAGCAAUCGAUUUACCCCCGUUAUCUCCUGGGAAAAGAGGGUUUCGAGCUGUUAGAUCCAUUUUUACCAGUUCACGUGCAGAAUUAUACAGCUGAUGAAUUUGAAGCAGUGAUGGAGUACUAUAAAAAUCGUAAAUGGGUGAGCGACAUCACUCCCGCUGGCCAACGAGAACUGGAAUUACUUUCCAACAGAAAUCCUUUCAAAUUGAUGCGAUUAACUGCUGCUUUGUAAUACUAAAUGUUGAAAGAGUAAUAAUAAUGUGAAUUUAUAAAGUGGGAAAA